UACUUAUAAUCAUUAAACUCUACAUACAUACUGUGCCACAAUGGUAUAGUGCGCGCCGAAAGAGAUAGCAAAUUAAAAUUUAUCCUCGAGAAAUCAGUGAGAUGUAUGUAUGUACAUGAGAGUGUGUAGAUUUCUCUAGUGUAGAUACAUUGCUUGUUGGAAUCGGUUUAAAGUAACUUUUCCUUCGGACUGUACAAAAACGAGGAUAGAUAGCUGUAUUGACCCUCUCUUUCGGUGUGCACGGUACCAUUUGUUCCAAUAUGUAGAGUUCAGUACUCAUAGUGAUUACUUUGUUAUUACUAUCGUCUGCUGCGAUUUGCCACGCAAACAACAAUCCGAGUCACUCUCUGGCCUCAUCGGAGUGAACCGAGGAGCGAGGAUACAAUUAAACGCAUGUGACAAAAAACGUUUAUACGCAUUUGCUCUAGAACUGUGAGAUUCGAGAAAUUAUCGAGAGAUCGGUCGUGUAGAAAAUACGAAAGUCAUAAUAAUGCCGUAUAUAUAUUUAUUGUGAUAUACGUAUGCGGGUCGCAAAAUACUGGCAAAAUGCGGUGGCCCUCGCUCAGCGUUAUUCUUUCCCAGAUAUUUUUGGCAUACAUCGUGUAUUCGAUAUAUAGCCUAUCAUUGCUGUUCGUCUCACCAGUUUGCGAGGACGGCAAACCAUGUCUCAAAUCAUACCUAAGCGAACGACCGCAAUUGAAUCUGUACAUCUACAGCUCCGUCAAGAGAAAUCCCACGAGUAGAGAUGUCGAUCUCGUGUAUUCGGCGCAAAAUUUCAAUUACAAUGAAGCGCAAAUUAUUCCAACCAUAUUAAAUAUUCCACGCGAAACGCGGCGAAAUGGGACAUUGUUUUUACAUGUACUAUUAGUUCCUACUUUCACAAAACAGGACAGGUCGUUCAUCGAUUUGCAAAAAGAUAUCUUUACUUCGUAUAUAACAAUUAAGAUGACACAAUACAUGGUACCUGAAGCAGAAGCAUUUAAACUGUUGGGCAAGAAAGAUUCCAGUAUCAGUAAGGCCAACAAGAUUGCUGUACAUCUAGUCUCGCACAUCAAAAGUCGUGUGACUUUUACAAUAAUGACAGACAAUAUUAUGCUCCCUGCAUAUAGCGUGCCUGCCGAACUCGUGAAUCACAUAAGAAUAAUUGGCAAACAGACAUUCUUGCCCAUUGUCAAUUACGAUUUCUUACAAACGCGGCAUCGGGAUCUUCAACGAAUUACUUUACAGAAUAAUACAAUGAAUGUCACUAUAGAAUAUUCGCCUGUAUCCCUAGGAAAACUACGAUUGGUGCUACAUGUGCAAGCAACUAUGGAAAACUUGAAAAAUCUCGGUUUCUCUGACAAGGACGUCGAUGAAGUAAAGGGCAUCUUUGCAGAUACCAAUAUUUAUUUACUAGGCGGUACAUUCUUCAUCGCUGCUAUACAUUUGCUGUUUGAUUUUCUUGCUAUUAAAAACGAUGUCAGUUUUUGGCGAAAGAAGAGUAAUCUCAUAGGUCUCAGCAAAUGGACUGUAAUGUGGCGAGCAUUCAGCCAAACUGUGAUUUUCCUUUAUCUUUGCGAUGAGAGUUCUUCGUUACUUGUUCUUAUUCCAACUGGUAUUGGCACUAUUAUCGAGCUGUGGAAAUUGAAAAAGAUAUCUAGAGUGCAACUAAUUAGCAGUAAUAGCAUUUUGCCAAGAAUACAAUUUAAAACUGAUGACAUGAAUGCAGCAGAAGUAAAAACUCGAGAAUUUGAUGCUGAAAGUAUGCGUUAUUUGAGUUAUCUGUUAUAUCCGCUAAUCAUUGUUGGUGCCGUCUAUUCGCUUCUUUAUCAACCGCAUAAGAGUUGGUAUUCUUGGAGCAUAAAUUCUAUGGUAAAUGGCGUUUAUGCAUUCGGAUUUCUCUUUAUGCUGCCACAAUUGUUUGUUAAUUAUAAAUUGAAAUCCGUGGCGCACCUGCCGUGGAGAGCAUUCAUGUACAAAGCAUUUAACACGUUCAUUGAUGAUGUGUUCGCUUUUAUUAUAACGAUGCCAACAGCUCACAGAAUAGCAUGUUUCAGAGACGACGCUGUCUUUUUGAUUUAUUUGUAUCAAAGAUGGUUAUACCCAGUGGAUAAAUCGCGUAUGGAUACUGAUACGAUUACAGAAGAAACUAUUGAUCUCGUUAAUAAGAAAAUAAAUUAACGAUUCUUGUUGUUCAUUGUCAUCAUUUUUCUUCGCGGCCUACUGGAGAAAUUAUGUAAUUUCAUGCAUGACGCGCUAUUACAUGCCGAUAUUAUUACAAACAUUAUAUCGCUAAUGUGUGAAAAUUUCAUUUAUAAUACAUGGUU